AUGCGUUUCGGGAAGACGCUUCGGCACGCCGUGUACGCUCCCUGGAAGGGCAAGUACAUCGACUACGGCAAGCUCAAGACCCUUCUGCGAGAGGAUGAUUUCAACGGCGAGGACGCCAGUGACUCCGACGACAGUCCAUGGACCGAGCAGGAUGAGGAGGCCUUUGUCCAGGAAUUGCUGAAUGUGCAGCUGGAUAAGGUCAAUUCCUUCCAGGCCCAGACCUCCCAGCAACUCCGGGAGCGCACUUCCGCCUGUGAAGCCAAGCUGCGCCCGUUGGCCCCGACCGCCGAGCAGGAAGGCCAGGCCCCGGAGGGCCAGGAGAGACGCACCAUUGCCUCCGAGGUCCUGCAGGAGCUCGACAGUAUUACGAAGGAAGUCAGUGAGCUGGAAAAGUACAGCCGCAUCAACUUUACCGGUUUCUUGAAGGCCGCCAAGAAGCAUGACCGUAAGCGCGGCGCCCGGUACAAGGUGAAGCCGUUGCUGCAGGUCCGCCUGUCCCAAUUGCCAUUCAACUCGGAGGACUAUUCGCCUCUGGUCCACCGCUUGUCGGUGAUGUACGCCUUUGUGCGCGAAGCUCUGAGCCAGAAUGUCGCGCAGUCCAAGGAAUCCGACCGCCUCCAUGGACGUGACGUCUACUCCUCUUACAAGUUCUGGGUCCACUCGGACAAUGUACUGGAGGUCAAGACUUUUAUUCUCCGUCGCCUCCCUGUGCUCAUCUACAACCCCACCACGUCUAAGAACAUGGAUACCAUGACUGAGGACCCCACCAUCACCUCCCUUUACUUCGACAACCCUCGUUUCGAACUGUACAACCAAAAGGUUGACCGUGCCACCGAAGCUGGAUCCCUUAGGUUGCGCUGGACCGGGCAGCUGCAGGACAAGCCGCCUAUUUUCCUGGAGAAGAAGAUCAUCGGCGAGGACGACAGCAGUCACGUGGUCAAGGUGCAGCUGAAGGAGAAGCACGUUAAGGAGUUCCUGGAUGGCGAAUACCAUCUGGACAAGAAGGUUCAUCGCAUGGAAGACAGGAACAACGGUGAAUCGGCCGAGGCCGAGAACCUCAAGAAAGAUGUGGAGGAGCUCCAGUCCUUCAUCAAGGAGAAUGACCUGCAGCCUAUGCUCCGCGCCAACUACACCCGCACCGCUUUCCAGAUCCCAGGCGAUGAUCGCAUUCGCAUUUCUCUUGAUACCAACCUUGCUCUUAUUCGUGAGGAUACCCUUGACAGUGAGCGUCCCUGCCGCGACCCCUCCGAGUGGCACCGCACCGACCUGGACAAUGCCGCCAUGACAUAUCCCUACAACGACAUCCGCACCGGCGAGAUCUCUCGCUUCCCACAUGCUCUGCUGGAGAUUAAGCUGCGCGGCAAGGCCCAUGAUGCCGAGUGGGUGAAUGAACUCAUGGCCUCCCACUUGGUCAAGGAGGCACCGCGCUUCUCCAAAUUCGUGCACGGUGUCGCCCAGCUGUUCGAGGAUUAUGUCAACAGUUUCCCCUUCUGGCUCGGCGAGCUGGAGAAUGACAUUCGCCGGGACCCUGAAACUGCCUUCCACGAGGAGCAAGAGCGAUUGGCGAAGCGUGCAGAGGAGGAUAUUGCUGUUGGCAGCUUCCUGGGUGGCACGGGCAGCCCAAACACGCAUCCCUUGAUCGGUUCCCCUCUCAGCAGAUGGAAUGUCUUCCAAGGAGAUUUUGCUCGUGGCAACAUUCGCAGACCGUCUGCUGUCAGCGAAGUGCACGCAAACCCUCGUAUCCUGUCUUUUGAGCCGCAGCGCCGCGACAUGGAACCUCCAGCCGGACCCGCGGAAGAUACCGAGACCCCGGAACCGGCAUCGUCUCGCAUCACCUCUAUGCUGCAAUCUGUGGGUAUCAAGCCGAAAUGGAUGGACCAGGAGACCGUCUCCCUGCCACCCGGUGUGCGGCACCCGGGAAUCUGGAUCAAGGAUACCGGCCCUGUGCGCGUGGAGAGCAAGGUCUGGCUCGCCAACCAGCGUACAUUCAUCAAGUGGUUACACAUCAGUAUCCUACUCUCGAGUCUUUCUCUGGGUCUUUACAACGCUGCCGGCAAGCACAACCGUGUGGCCCAGGCGCUCGCCGUCAUCUACACAUUCUUCGCUCUUUUCUCUGCCGCCUGGGGCUGGUACAUGUACGAGAAGCGCGCUCGCCUUAUCCGCCAGCGCAGCGGAAAGGACUUGGACAACAUGGUUGGUCCUCUCGUCGUGUGCAUUGGCCUGGCUGUUGCUCUGGUCCUCAACUUUGCCUUUAAGUACAGCACCAUGCUCGAGCAGUUUCGGGGCAACCAGCCUGGAGCCCACCAACCCGGAGCCCCCGUCCACUCCAACUCCACUGUGUUGAACGCCGCCUCGUGGCAGUCAAUUAACGGCCAGCAAGUUCUGUAAAACGGAUAUCAUGGGCAGGUUCCCUCACGGAGGUCUUGGUAUCACCCUUUGUCUAUGGUUGCCACUGUAAGAAGGCGUCCGGUCGCGACAUAGUUGUUGCGGCUUCCGUUUCUUUGCAUUUGUGG